AUGUAUAAAGUGUUGCAAAUUAGAGCAUCUGUCACUAAUCAAUUGAUGAGCGAUUUGCCGUCUAGUCGCGUUUCGCCUGCUCCUGCGUUUUUGCGCUGUGGAGUGGAUUACGCAGGUCCUUUUCAAAUUAAAGCAAAUAAGGGUCGAGGCUCUAGGUCAUUCAAGGCAUAUAUAGCUCUAUUUGUUUGUUUUACGACAAGAGCUAUUCACCUAGAAUUAGUGACUGAUCUUUCAGCAGAUGCUUUUAUUGCAGCUCUUAAGAGGUUCAUUUCCGGCAGAGGCAAAAGCAGUGAUAUAUAUAGCGAUUGUGGUUCCAAUUUUGUUGGAGCAAAACGCAAACUGAUUAAAUUUGAAAGGCUUGCUAGGUCUGCAACUUAUAACCAAAAUGUUAGCAGAUAUUUGGUUGAUAAUGGCAUUAAAUGGCAUCUAAACGUUCCAGGUGCGCCACAUAUGGAUGGACUCUGGGAAGCUGGCAUAAAAUCAACAAAAUACCAUUUAAAACGAGUAGUUGGUGAGGCGAGAUUGACAUAUGAAGAAUUUGAAACAUUUCUCACACAAAUAGAAGCUUGUCUUAAUUCGCGACCUUUAACAAGUUUGUCUAAUGAUCCAAAUGACUUGUCAGCAUUAACGCCUGGUCAUUUUCUUAUUGGGUAG